AUGGACGAGAUACACCAGCAGGCUCGCGUGGCAGCCGAGGUGUUCUAUCAAUGGAUCCGGCACCGGCAUCAGAUUUUCUUCAAAAACAUGCUACCGGAUGUCACGGUUAGCGAAAAAUUCGAAAAGUUGAUGGAGAUAGAGGAGGAAGUCAUCAACCUCACAAAGGCUCAAGAUGUCAACACCGCCUUAGAACGAUACACGGUGGUCGAACCGCGUGCGCGGUUACAAAGGCUAACCGCACACAUUCAACGUCUAAAAGAAAAGCAUACUCCGGGAACACCGAAUUCUCAACUUCAACUUCUGGUGCUAGAAUUGCUUGCGGUCAAGGAAAGGGCACUAACCGAGGAGGUGGCACGGCUUAAGGCGGUGCCCGAACAUCAAGAUCCAACGAACUCACUGCCUCCUAAGGAUGUUGGCGGUCAGAAUCCGACCGAUGAAGAGCUAUCCUCCCCUCCACCGGAUCAGACGAUCAACAUGACCGAAGUCAGGAUAGAGACACCUCUCACCGACCAUCGAGCAUCUGCUCAAGCCGGGGACUCGGAACCGGCCAUAACGGAAGAAAGGGUCAAGGCCCUUAUUGAAGAAUUUGUCAACGACGCGGUUCGACCAUGGAAAAAGAAAAUCAAAGAAACAGUGGCUAAAACCUUCGAGAUGGCCGAAACGACAAAAGAUGAUCUAAGGAUGGCGGUCGAGCGGAUCACGUCUGUUGAAACAAAUUACGGUAAUACAGAUCAAUUGUACGGCGGUCAUCUUGAUCGAACCAAAGCAUUGGAGGCUAUAACUCCGAAGCUGGUGACCGAUCUCAAUUCGGUCAGCCAAAAGGUAGCCGAGAUGGAACGGUCUCAAGAAACGACCGAUCAAAGGCUGACAAAGGUCGAUGAGGACUUGGCUCAGUCAAGUGCCCAAGCCGGCUCAACACUUGACAGGAACGCCAAGCUUGAAGCCGAUCUCAAGGCGGUCACCGAACAGGUGGCAGAGUUAACAACGGCUAAGCUGGCUGCCGAUAAAGCAAUUGAGGAGGUGAAUGCUCUGGCGGCUAAGAAACUCCAAGAUGCGCUGAACGAGCAGACCCGGACACAGAAGGAAGCGGCAGCGGCUGAUGCGAACAUAGUCGGCCAUAUGCAAAACUUAGCGGUCAAUGCAACGGCCAUAGCAGCAUCCAUGGCAGCUCAACAAGCCAAAGAUGCUAACCGGCUAAGGGCCAACAAGAAACGUCCAACAAUUUCGCAAAGGCUCACAAGAAGUCUAAGGCAAUUGCUUCCCCUUCUAGCCGGUCACACGUAA